AUGGAUGAACAUUUGCAAGUUAUUGCUAAUCUUUCCGCAGCCAAAUUUCGUGAUCUUUCCACUGCUGCGAAAACAACGCAAGAAAUACUGAACAGCAAAGAUGUAACAAUGGUUACAUUGUGCGGUAAAUGUCUUCAUGUAUUACAAUUAGCACUUCAAUGCAAGCAUCAGAAAAUUAAUCAAGCUGCUGUUGAUUUACUUCAAACAUUAAUUCGAGAUGAACGCUUUAUGAAUAAAGCAACAACUUCUGAAAGUGACACCUUGAUGAUGUCAACAUUAAAGUCAAUAACUUUGUUACCGGUAAUCAAAGCUCCCAUUCAAUGUCGUAUUUUGACGUUAAUUGUUGAAUUAAUGUGUAAGGAAGAACGACGAAUUAUAAUCGAAAUAGUAAUGGAAGCUUUAACGUUAUGUAUGCAAACGUAUGGGAAUGCCGAAGAAAGAAGCGUUCAAUUAGCUUGUCGUGCAGCUGUCACUCAGAUUUUUAGCUCAUUCUGCACAUUACCUCAGAAUAGCCAUUGCCAGGAACACACAGCUAUUUUUAUGGAUGUUACAUCAUUAUUAAAUGAAGUAAUCAAAUGCGCAAAUGUCACAAAUCCGCAAUCAGAUCAGAUUAUCAUCUUACUAGAUGCCAUAUACAGUAUUCUUAAUUCACAACCAAUUACUAUUAUCAAUCAUCAACCAUUUGUCAAUAUUAUUUGGCGUGAAUUAAGUCCAUGCAUGAUGAAAAUGUUAGGAGAACCGGAAAAGAGUAAUCAUGAUAUUACUGAAGAUAAUGAACCGUUUGGACGAGGUCAAAGGUCGAUGACGACAAAUAAUAAGACGAUUUUUGAUCAUCCGGAAAUUGUACUCUCAUUGUAUCAGAUUAUCGAGCAGUUAUUACGAAUUCUUGCCGGUAUUGAUGGAAUGCGAAGCGUACUGGAAGCAAUAUUUCAUAAAGCUUUACUGUAUCCAAGAGUGGAUCAACGUUCAGAAGCUCUUCGUAUUAUCCGAAAGAUUACUAAAAAUGAAGAGCGUCUUGCUGACAUUAUUUUGAUUUCGAUGAGCAGUAAAACGUUGACACUUUGGACUAUCAUUAUUGAUUGUAUUUUUGAAUGUAGUAAUUCAACAAAUAUUGAUAUAUCUUCAGAAGCGCUUCGAACAUUACAAACUUUUCUAAUCACAGCAUGCCAAAUGUGUGAAACUGAUAGUGAAAGUGUAUUAUCAACAAAACUUAUUGAUAACAUUUUAUCAUAUUUCUCGAUCGAUAAUAUUUCAUUAGCUUCAGCUGUUGAUGAUGAAAAGCAUGAUAACAAACACGAUGAUAUAAAAGAAUCAGAAAUAAAACGAAAUAAUGCAAUGGAGGAUUUGAAAAAUAGAAAUGAGGUAAAUAAAGUAUUGGAAAAAUUGACCAAAAAAUACAGAGGUGAAGAAACGAAUGUGGUAAAUUGCAAUGAUUCUAAGACCAAUAAAUCAGCUGAAAAAGAACUGGAAUCAGCCAAUUGCUAUAUAAAGAAAUUGCGGGAUGCUAUUCCGGAAUGGUUGCAAAUUAAAAGUACGAUUGAAGUUGAUGAAGCAAUUCAAGAAUUUGCAUCUAAUUUCUUUUCUGAAUUCAUGAUAGCUCAAAAAGAUGCUUUCGAAUUAUACGGUCAGACACAAUCACAUUUCCUGAAUUCCGAUGCUAUCUAUCUCACUACUUAUGCAGCAUUAGCUGUUGUUUUUUAUGAAAACAACAUGGAAACUUUCAAUGAGUUUUGGUUCAUUAAUGAAGUAUUGCAUAGUGGCUGUAUUGUAUACAGUAGUAAUCAUUGGCUUACUGUGGUAUACGAAAAUUUGAUAAAAUUAAAAAUGGAAUUUCAACCUUUGGAUGAUACUAAGAUACCACUAAUAAGUGUUAUUGAAGAUUAUACUGGGCGCAGCGCUCAACGAAUGAGUGACGUUAGACGAAUACAGGAAGUGUUUACUAAACAGAGUAAACAUUCUCUAGCUGUCUGUAAAGCAUAUCGAUGGCUUUUAUUGGAAAAUUGGAAUAAAUUGCUAACAGCGCCAUCAAAGCUACUAUCUGUACGCAAUAAGCAACAACGCAUUAUUCGUCCAAAAGCUGCCGAAGCAUUUGAUCAAGCCAUAUAUACGUUAUUAGCUUUAGCCAAGCUUUGUACUGCAUUAGGUCUCGAAGAACGUAAUCAGUUAAUCAUUGAGCGACUUGUCAUAGCAUCAUGUCCACUGGAUGAAUUGAGAAGUUUUGCAAUUCAGGAAAAAAUAGAUUCCAGUACGGAACGACUGAAUCGAUGGCCAUUACGGAAAGGAGAUGUCAUCGCGAUGCAAACUAUUCUAGAUAUUGCUAUUGAUUGUGGACUUUGUACAUCAAAAUGUUGGAAUGAUAUUAUCAGAUGCACGGAGUAUAUUUGCGAAGUAGAGAAAUAUUUCUUUGGUAUUAUAAAUCAAGAUCAGACCUGUUGGAUGUCACCUGUUUCUUUUAAUAGUGCUAUUGAUAAGGCACAGCAUAUUGAUGAUAUCUUAUCAGGUGACAGUAGCGACAACCUUAGUGGUCAAACAGCUUGUCGAAUUCUUCAAUUUUUGAUGUCAACAGUAAAUAGAUUUUAUGAACGCGUUGGCAAGGAAUUGAAUUUGGCAUCGCUCUGUGAAUUAAUGCAACAUUUGGUGAUAGCUAGUGAAAAUUGCCAGUACUACGUGAAUUCACAAAAAUCAAAUUCAUUGGUUGAUCCAACAGUAAUCCUAGGACGAAUAUUUGCCAUUUCAACGACACUUUCAAUUAGGCCUUUAAUCCAUGCAAUGAAAAUUUGGCCUAAAGUAUCACAUCAUAUAGUUCAGUGUGCUUCUCUACGCAGUGAUGGAAAAUUAAACUUUUUUGCUAUCGAUGGUUUGGGUAUUUGUAUAGCAAAAUUGAUGAUCAAUGAAACGAAUGGUUUUUGCUACAAUCAACUUAUAUUUCAGCCAUUACAGAAUAUUCUUUGUGCCGAAAUGUGCUUAGAAGAAUCACAGGAACAGAUUGUCACAUUGUUAGCAACAUUUGUGCAUUCACAUGCAGAUAUGAUUGGUUCCGGUUGGAGACCGUUAUUUAGUGCUUUGAAAGCAUUACGAAUUGAAAAUCAUUCCGAAUCAGAUAAUAAUGCUGGCGAUAUAACUGCAAUAUCAUCAGUUCAAGCAACUAUACUUGACAUUUUCUCAGCAUAUCUUAAUAUUAAAAAUACAAAUAUUUUAAUAUCGACAGCUUUAGAUUAUAUUGCAUGUGUCUUGCAAUAUCUUCAUUCUACAGGAUUUGAAUCGAUUCCAUCAUCCAAUGUAACGAUGGCUUCAGCAGCUUUACAAAAUUUGUUAAAAAUGGAACGAAUGCUUCAUAAUCUAUUCGAUUCGGCUGAUUGUAGUGAUCAACAUUUACUGCAAAGAUUAACAUUACGUGAACGAACGCAGCAUUGUGUUGAUCGAUACUUAAAUAUAUCAUUUUUAAUGGAACCACUGUCAACUGUCCUCAUUGAAGAACCAUUCUUUUUUGAUAUUGAACAAAAAAUUCCACCAACUGAUCUUGAUCGUUUACUUGAAACACCAGAAUUAAUUAUACCUUGGAAAAAUUAUACGGCAUCAAGAAGAAGUUGUACUGAAGUUUACUUAUCGUUACUAGAAGGUCUCAUAGCUGUCACCUUUGUUUGUCCUGCAUCAUUACAAUCAAAUUUAUUGCGAACUAUCGCUGAAUUGAUCAAAGAGCAAGUGGAUACUAAAUUUGGUAUUAAUUUCGGUGCAUACGGUUUAUCAAUUCUUGUCUUUCCAAUGUUACAACAAUGGAUGCGUAAAGAUGCGGCAAAACAUGAAAAUAAUUUGAAACAAGCAAUUGGACUGUUUACUGAAAUUGUUAAACAAUAUUUAAUACAAACCGAAAAUAAUCCAUGGGUUAAUCGAAUACUUUUUGAUAUGUUAAUUUUGUUAACGGAAUGUAUUACGUGUACUACGAAUCGUAUUUCACGCUUAGGUUACGCAUGUUUAAAAUUUCUGAUUAAAUCUUCCAUUCAUUCAUUAACACCCGAAAGAUGGACAAUUAUCAUACGGUCAUUAUGGAAUGCAACAGGUUUAACUUUGACGCAUUUGCGAUUUUUAAUGCAAUACUAUGUCGUUGAUUCAAAUGAUCCAAACGGAGACCUUGGUAACGUUUGCAUAGCUGCUGUCGAGAAUUCUAAUUUCUCAUGCGAAACGUUACUAUUAGCUCAACAGAUCUUUUUGAUGGAUGAACAGAUCAGUUCAACGACAGAACUAGAGGAAACGAAAAAACGUGAAGUGGUGCUUUGUAAUAAUGAUGGAACAGAACAAAGGAUUGGUGGUGAUGAACUGAUUAGCAUCCUUACCAGCCAUUAUUGUAUUUUGGAAUUAAUUGGUAUUUUAUUACUAAAUGGGAUCGAUUUGCCAGUAAAUGAACAAACUGUUGCAUUUUUGAAGAAAUUUGAUGAGCAAACUGAAAGUGACAAUAAAUGUAAUUUGCAUAAGCUGUCACCGGAUGAUAUUACCAUCCUGUUUUACUGUUUAGAUGGAUCACUUUUAGUUGCAAGAAAUUUUGAUAAGCGUUUAGGCCUAAAAAUGCUUAUCCAAGGAUUAUAUGACUUUCCUGUACUUCCAAAUCUAUGCAAACAAGCAGUUUUAGCUUGGACAAUACGUUCAUUAGCAAUGUAUGAGAUAGUGCGAAAAUGUCCACUGGGAAAAGAAACAAUUGUUGAAUAUUUAUUGUCAUCAAAUGGAAGCAUAAAAGAUGACAAAUAUUAUAUCAAACAAUUUCAAUUAUGUCAUCGUGAAGUAUGCACAUAUUUAUGUUGUUUAGAGAAAAAAUUAUCAAGAGAAGCACUACGUCAUUUGGCUAUUUCACAUAUUACUCCGCAAAUUACUCUCAUCCGUAACGAUGCAAUGGAUGAAAAUUUAUACAAAUUGGUAUCUUCUGAGCAAACUACCGAAAUCAUUUCUGAUUAUAAACGUUCAAAAUUUGCUCAAACAUUAGUACCAACAAAACGAGGUAAUCCAUUUAAAAAUGAUAACGAACGACAGCAAACCAUUGCGGAGGACAAACUAUUUCUCUCUGAUGGCGAAAUACGAUGUUGCGCAUGGACUGAAAUGUCUUUGGCAAUCCUGGAAGCACUCUUACGUGAAGAAAAUGAACAAUUCGAGAAAUUCUUACCUAUAAUUUAUGAAAAUGCAGCAAUACUUAUAUCCGGUUCAUCUAAUGUGCGAGUGCGUGAAUUUGCUGGACAAUUCCUCCGUUUGCUCUCAAAAUUUCACCGCUUCUCAUAA